AUGUCCUCAGUGAUCCCCGAAGACGACCCUCUGGCACAAAGAAUUGCCAUUCUUGCCUCCCGCCAGAGACCCUUCCCUUUAUCCCCAGUUCUAGCCCCCGGCGUGAAGUUGAACCCCGACUCGAUCUUUGACCCCGGCUUUUUUCGCUACCCUGGUUUCCUCGGCACGAGAAAUUACCACCGGCACGUCGGUAAUAAAGUUUCAGACUUGGUGGGAGUGGGCAGCGCCAUCAUCAACCGUCCACUUACGCAGGAUGAGCUCGACUUCUACGUCGAAACAACCAGCCAACAGGCAUCCUCUACACGAACGGCUUUCCUGAUAGGCGCUGGGUUAGGAUUUCCAUCUAGUAUCUUAAUGUCAGAACCUCGCGCAGCGUUCAAGAAAUACGCACCGCCAAUCGAUCAGAAUAACCCGCUGAAGUUUUUCAAUCGGUUUUUGGACACACUCAAGAAAAUGCGCGAAGCGAACCCGGCUUUGUGGAGGCGGACUUUAUUUGCACCGGUUAACUGCUCGGCUACCUUGGCGAUUGUUUUAGGCCUCAUUGAAGUAGCGUCGUCAAUGUCUGAGGGUGUUGCGAGAAUGAGGGAUGAUCCGCGGAUGAAACAACACAAUGCGGAUCUCAGGAAUGCGGAUAAACAACAGGCGGACAAUCGGCGGCGCAUUGCUCUGAUUGACCAUGCCCGUAUGCUGCAGGGUAAGGAGGCGGUUGAUGUUUUUAGCCGAGAGGACACCAACGAGAAUGGAUUUGAGGAGUUACCCUCGACUACUCCCUCUAACCAGGCAGAAACGUCCGCCUCUCCGUCAAGGAGACUCGAGACGUACACUUCCAGCACCUCAAACGACCAAAGUAUGUCCGCCUGGCCAUCAUCCACUUCCGGAACGUACACCUACGGCGCGCCCGCCGCAAACGAGAGCAAGGAGUCCUCAUUCUUCGAUGAUGACGCCAGCCCGAUCGCACCGGUCCACCAAGAUACAAAUACCACGUCGGCUGGAAGCGCCUGGGAACGCAUCCGGCAACAAAAUCAGAUGCAAUCCCGAAACCCGUCUCCGUAUCAAAGCACAUCCCCAUACCCGUCGCAACCGAGAUACGAACGAGCACAGCCCACCGCAGACUCAGGCAGCGAUGCCCAUAGAGAACGAGAGCGCGCCCAAGCCGAGUUUGACCGGAUGCUUGAGGCCGAACGGCACCAGCAAGACGAUUCAGAUGGUGGAUCGCGCGGGUCACGCGGGGGGUGGAGAUAG